AUGAGUGACACAAUUGAAGUCCUUCUCUACGGCUUGGGAGCCAUAGGUUCCUUCUACGCCUUCAUCCUCAACAGGUCUGAAAAUGUGCGCCUAACGGUGGUCGCGCGGUCAAAUUACGACGCUGUCAAGGAAAAUGGCCUUCUCAUCGAAAGUGAAAAUCAUGGCCAGCAUCGCUUUCGACCUCAUAAUGUGAUCAAGUCCCCGGACGAAGUCACCAGCUCCUUCGACUACGUCGUCUGCGCACACAAAGCAAUCGAUCAGGAAUCUGUCGCCGCGCGACUCAAACCCGCGAUUAACGAGAACACGACCAUCGUGAUCAUUCAGAAUGGGGUGGGGAAUGAGGAAGCGUUCCGCAACUCAUAUCCUCAAUCGUCUAUCAUUACUUGCGUGACAUGGGUCGGAGCCCGCCAAUCCACCCCCGGAACAAUCACGCACACCAAAUCCGAAGACAUGCAAAUUGGACUCUUCACCAACCCUUCCGUCCCCUCCUCCCUCGAAAAAUCCCGCCUCGACACCUUCGCCGCCCUGCUUCAGCACGGGCAAACCAAAUUUCAAGUCCUCGAAGACAUGCAGCUCCAGCGCUGGGAGAAAGUCGUGUGGAACGUAGCCUGGAAUUCCCUAACGACAUUGACCCUGCUUGAUACGCAGAGCUGGUUGAAUUCCUCGCCCGACGCCACGCCUCUCACGCGCAAACUCAUGCGCGAGGUCAUCGACGUGGGGAGGAAGUGUGGUGUGGACCUGGACUACGGGCUGAUUGAUCGUCUGAUGGAUAAGAUUAAUGCUAUGCCUGGGAUCGGGAGUAGUAUGCAGACGGACUGUCUUAAUAAAAGGCCUAUGGAGAUUGAUGUGAUCCUGGGAUUUCCGGUGAAGAAGGCGAGGGAGUUGGGGGUUGAGACGCCGAUUUUGGAGACGAUUCAUACGUUGGUUAGAGCUGUGGAUGUGAGGUUGAGGGCUUCGUUGUAG